GUUUCAAACCUCUCAGCCGCCACGACCAAGGAGACGCUGCAUGAAUUCUUCUCAUUUUGCGGCACGAUCACCGAUAUCGAACUGAAAGAGAAGACGGCCACGGUUUCGUUCGAGAAACCAAGUGCUGCGAAGACAGCUUUGAUGCUAAAUGACGGCACACUCGAUGGGUCUGAGCUUCGUAUCACCUCCGAUAUCGAACAUGAGGAUCGUGCACCGUCACCAACGGCUCCAGCCCACCCUAUCGAGCAAACCGACAAGCCUCGCGCAGGUAUCGCUGCUGAAUACCUUGCAAAGGGAUAUGUUCUUGGUGAUCAUAUUCUCCAUCGGGCGAUCGAGAUCGACAAGAAGCAAGGCAUCUCUGCCAAGUUCCAAAAUUACAUCAAGCAGCUUGACCAUGGUGUUGGUCACCGUACUCUUGGGCCAGAUCAGACGGUUAGCGGGAAAGUGACGUCGACCGUGAAGGAGCUCGAUGAGAAGAAGAAAUUUAGCCAAAUUGCCAACGAUUAUUACGAAAAAGCAAUAAGCUCGCCCUUCGGUCAACGCGUGCUGGCUUUCUACUCCAGCACGUCGAAGCAGAUCUUUGACAUUCAUGAAGAGGCGAGGCGCAUUGCCGACGCGCACAAACAAUCUCAACCUCCUCAGCCCGCAUCUUCAUCGGGGCCUGCUGCCUCUGCUGAUCCGGUACCCGAGAAAGCUAAAACGGACUGA